UUAUUGGUGCUUUGCAUUGGCAUUGUGAAUGUCACCAAUGAGAAGCCGAGAAACUGCAGCAUACUAAUAAAAUAAAGUUGCGAGCGAACAGUGCCUGGUAUAGAGAUAUUUACAACGCAUCCGCGGCAACACACAGGAACAGGUGUUAUUCAACACCUGUUCUAGUAUUCUAUGACCGUGAUUCAACAGACAGGUGCUUGGUGUGGAGUUCACAGAUACGAGUGCUGGAUGCAGAGCUUCCAAGCCUGAUUGGUUGGCCUGAGGCUACUCUGCAGUAAUUGCUGCGAUAUGAAGAAGGAGCUGUAUACAACUGUCUUUUGCCAGGCGUUUUCUGCCUGUGGGGGUUAUUUGGCGGCCGGCGAUGGGUUCGGCAACAUCGCCUGCUACGAUGUGAAGAAGAUUGUGGAGCUGUCAGCUAACGAGGAGUCACUGCGGGAGUUCCGGCGUCCCGAGCUGCGCUUCUCCACCGGCGAGGCACCUGUCUACGCCCUGGUCUGUGACGAGAGCCACCUGAUAGCGGGCACCAGCGGCCUCAUCCAGGCUUACAAAUGGAGCGAUAUUCUGAAGAAGAACUUCAAAAUGGCAUGGAACAUUCCAAUAGAAUCCGAUCGCGAGAGCCUCUCGCAGCCGGAGGUGAACUCGCUGGAGCUGCACGACAACCGGCUGUACGUGGGCUCGGGCAACCACGACGUGCAGGUGAUCGACCUCGAGACGCGCAUCAAGGUGGCCUCGCUGCGCGGCCACUCGGACUACAUUCACGUCGUCCGCGUCAGGGGCGAUCAGUGCGUCAGCGCGUCCGAGGACGGCUCCGUCCGGUUCUGGGACACGCGGCAGAACAAGGAGGUGUCCAAGGUGGAGCCGCACACGCACAGCGACCUGGAGCGGGGCAUGGGCAAGUGGAUCGGAGCGCUGGACGUCACCGACGACUGGAUGGUGUGCGGCGGCGGGCCGCGGCUGGCGCUCUGGCACCUGCGCUCGCUGACGCAGGCGGCCGUGUGCGACGUGCCGGCCGUGGUGCACGAGGCGCGCUUCCACGACGGCCUGGUGCUGGCCGGUGGCGACGUGGCCGACCUGCACCAGUUCACACUGACCGGGGAGCGGGCCGGCACCAUCCCCACCGACUGCUCCGCCGUCUUCACCGUGCUGGCGCGCACCCAGCCCACCAAGCUGAUGACCAUUGGCGGCUGCGGAAAGUUCAUCGAGGUCUGCACGUCAAACAAGUACAAGGACUUCUCGCUAAGCUUCUUGUGACAUCUGCAGCAGGAAGAGCCACGUCUGUCUCGGCUGUUCGGUGGUGGUCUCUGCUCACGUCUCAUCAAGAGCCAACCUUCAUUGUCUCACUGUGUACAAAGUGUCUGAUAAUAAGCUAAAAGAUGUUCGUACCUGCGAUUUGUUCUGCACCACGCUGACAUGACAGUGCAGGGGACAUAUCCUUUCACUAUUUUGUCAUAUUUGUAUAAAUAUAGGCGGGAUGGUGCAGAAUUCUCGAAAUACAUAAGACCAUUGAA